CAAGUGGUGAAGGUGUCAGUUGCCUUGUAGAUGGAGAAAGACUUGGUUGUACCUGACGCGCCUUUCAUCUGAGAUUAGGAGAAGAGCCCUUCAGAUCAUUUUUAUGCUCAGCGUGUAUAAUCAGGUCCCUUGAUGUCGGAAAAUAUUUGAAUAAUUGGUGGUAAGAAGAAGAGCCGAAUCCACGUGCUUGCUGCUCAUGGCAAACAUUUGCUUUUGCGGUGGUUUCUGUCCUUUCCUGUUCAACGAGUUGCGCUGGCUCAACAUGCGCAGAACUACAGGGAGCUGCCUUGCAAGCAAAGUGGCUUAGUCCUCGGUGAUGCAAGUGCAUACGACACUCUGCGUGACGUGUAGGUGAGAGCUCUCCUGUGUCUUCCGAGUCGGGUUCCUGCAGUCGUAGUUAGAACCGGGAGGGGUCGGGUUUUUGCAAGGGGCUUUUUUCUCUUUCCUGAGAGACAUGAUAGAAGACGGCACGCACCACAGCAGACGCGAAGUACUCAACUGUGAAAAAGAACAAAAAUUUUAUGCAGUGAAAAGCCGAAAGCGAACAGCCUAAGAGGAAGAAGUGGUGGCGAUUUUGCAAUUUGGCGGAGCAUGAUUUUCCCGCUUGCGGCUCUGCCGCGCAUGCCUGACUUUAGACGCCAAUUAUGAGAAGCAGGUGAACAUCAAGACAACAGCACAACAAGAGUACACCCUCUACCAAGUAUGAGGAUGAUUGAAUAGCUGCACGUCAACUACAUUCGAAAUGAACGAGAAUAUCAAGAAAUCGCAAGCAUAACAAGCACUUUUUUCGAACGUCAAGAGAACUCUUAAGCGAUCACAAAGUAGCACAUACGCAUCGUGUAGAGCAGGGAGAGCGCAACGCCGAAAGAGACGCCCAAGAAGCGCAGAGUGUCUUACGGUUUACUGUCUCUCUGUGGACUACUCCUAGAUGCCAGAUAGGGUUUCGUCCCAAGACCUCAACAUCAUGAACGCAGGUGGAAUACCACCACGCAGUCCUUCAGCGCUACAGAAGACCAGUAGUUUGCGCUCAAAUCGGAGUCCAAUGAACCGAGAAGAUGGUCGAGGCGCGCGAGGAGGGGGACGCACCGUGCCGAGUGGUCCGCUCACAGAGAUUAUGACUUCACAAUGCUUAGACAGAGCGUUCAUGCUGUUGUAGAAAAAAUUGAAUUCGUAACUUUCAUGGCUUACCGAAUUCAUCGACUAAAGUGUUACUUACACUCCUUUGCUUCUAAUGAGCGCUUGCUUUCAAAGGACCGACUUCAGCAGGCAAGGCGCGCUUUCGAAGCGAACGACCCUAGUUUUUCGGCAAAUGUGCAUGCCGACUUUGCAGCCAAAAUCGCAUCAGGGCAAUUCGAUUUUAGUCAUCCAGAGAGGACGCUGGACGAGGGGGAGUACGUGCGGCCCGCGGUGUUCGGAGGACUCGACGGCAUUUCCACGACUUUUGCUCUGUUGGCAGGCGGAGUGGGUGUCCAGCUAAAUAUUACGCACCUAGCAGCCCUAUGCUUGGCACAAGUUUUUGCAGGAGCGUUCAGCAUGGCCUUCGGCGAAUAUGUCAGUUCCAAAGCAGAGCGGCAGAUUGCUAUGCGUGAGCUCAACAGAGAAAAAUGGGAAGUGGAAAACUAUCCAGAAGGUAUUAGGGCCUCUUUGCUUUGUGCGGUGUCUGCUUAUGGGGAUUUGCAUGCAUGCAUGCGCGCGCGCUUCCUUAUUGUUAGUAGGCAUCUAUAGAAAAUGGCCGAAGAACAGCGCGCCGCGCCACAGGAAUGCGGCGCGGCACCCGUGGCGCAAGGAGGUGGCGAGGCCGACGAAGAGGAGGGGCAGAGAGGGGCAGGGGAGCAAGGGCCGCGGGCAGCCAAAGGCCAGAGCAGUUUUGUCCAUGGGCUUCCCUCGGGGAUCUUGGUAACCUCGGCGCCGUUUGCUUCCGUGGACUCGGCGGCCCCUGGGGCUCGCGCUGGUGGCCUCGGCUCCAUCGUGAUGGGGCCCGAAGCCGACACUUCGGCACAAGCACCGGCCAGUCCCUUGCCGGUGAGACCUUGGGCCGCGCUUUAAUUUGGGCCGCGCAUUUGCCUGAUGGGCUCGCCCCAUCUUGAGCGUUCCCCAGUGCGGGCCGCUGGCGGCUUCGCUCAGGUUCGUGCAGACAGUUCGGAAGGGUUCGCAAGGUGGACGGCUUUCGGUCGUGGACUGUCUGGCCCCUUGCUCCGUAGAGUACCCCACCAAGGGAAACCAGCGGCAAGCCGAGGAAUUUACGCAGCGGUGUCGUUUUGGGUUUUUGCCGGAGCAGGCUGCCGAAGGCCAUACCGAUGGACCCGCAGGGGAGGGCUUGCGAGGUGUCCCGCUGUGGCGUAUUAGUUUCCGAUAUUUGUAGCGGAGGGCAGCUGACUGCCGCAAACCACCGCGGCCAACCGCUCCACACUUUCCGCCGUGCGUGAUAGAUACCCUGGCGCCCCGCCUGGUAGCUCGGCGCGCUUCCCCAGCAACCAGGAAGCGCCCUGCGGCAGGGGCCAGCCGCGUACUUACGUGCGCAGGCCUCUGAGGGGGUCGCGCGGCGCAAGAGAAAUACAGAGCCCGCGGGAUGAGGCAAAAACCGCAGCGGAGCGCGUUCCCCGAAAGGGCUGGUGAGUUUCGCGCGCCUAUUCUAGAGCCAAGGAAAGAAAUGCAACCGGGCGAGAUUUCAAGAGAGGCGGAAGCGUCUGCACUUCCACGGGGUGCGCCUGAUCGCUUAAACGAUCAAGAACAGGCGCACUGCUCCGACGGUCGUGCGUCGCUUGGGCGGGUGUGUGCUGAAGGCGUUCGGACAGCCUCACAGUCACAUGGGUAGCCGGAUGCAAUGGGGCAGCUAACUUGAGCCACUUCAUUGGCUGGAAUGGGUUGACUACUUGAAUUGCUUCGGGCUACUUGUUGAACAAAUUAGCUACCGCUCUAUUGGGCUAGAGGAUGCCCCGGCUUCAGUGUUCACCCAUGCAGGCCGCGAACCCCGCGCCACACUUGCCGCCACCCGGUGGGAUGGCCACCAGCGUGCUGCCGCUCCACCGGCCGGCCGUCUGGGUCCGUUUUCUCUUGCGUUCCGCCUCACCUUGCGAGCCUCUUCCGUGUGUCCAGUCCCAGCUUGUUCUGCCUUUCUUCCGUUUGUCUGUGUGUCUUCUAUCACAGUCAGCUUGGCUCGUUCGGUUCUCCUAUGCCCAUCGGUUCAUCCUCUUUCGUCUGGGUCGUCUAUGUAUCAAAGCCCAACUCCCACUACAGGUGCUUUCCACUGCUCCACACCCUAGCAGUUUGAUAAUGGUGUUGUGUGUCUUUAUCUGAGUGCCUAUUGCCUAUUGCCAUAUCGCGUGUGCUUUUCAGGUGAAAUAGCGGAGAUGAUACAGAUAUAUAUGCAGCAGGGCCUCAGCGUCGAGGAUGCGCAAAGCGUGGCGUUCACACUCUCAAAAUAUCCUAAAUUUUGGGUGGAGCACAUGCUUUUGCAUGAGAUAGGAAUAUUACCGCCAAGCGAUAGUGACGACUGUUGGAAGAGCAGUAUUUAUGAUUUUCCCUCACUUGAUGGGUAAUUGACGAAAUUUUGCUUAUAAUUUCCUCCCUUAUCAAUGGUUAUGAAGUCGACAGAAGAGAUAUCGCCAUAGUACUAAGAACUCUUUGACUCCAAAAAUAUUCGUUGCGCAGCUGCGAAGUAUCAUGGAAUUAGAGCACAUAAUUGCAAACACGUAGCUGAACUUUUUCAGGUUCUGCUAUGUUCUGUUCCUUUGUUGCUUGUGGGCUGGUGCCAAUUCUGACCUAUAUCCUCGUUUUUCUGAUCGGCGGAGGUGAUAUCGUUGUCCAGUAUGGGUUUUACGUGGCGAUUGUGGCAUCACUCGGGACACUCUUUCUACUUGGUUUCGCCAAGAAUAAAAUUGCGGAGUCAGAUCCCAUGAUGGGUGGUUUCAGCAUGGUUUUCCAAGGGUACUUCUUACAUUUAGUUUUCACUUCCAUGUUAGUUCUGAAUAUUCGUUCGUAGUUCAGUUUUGCAUGAACAUGUAGAUGGGCUUUUCGAUCAGGCUUUUUUACCAGCACCUCUCCCUUUUCAACAAGCUUCCAUGCCUUUUGCGCUGUCUGUAAUGGUCGUAACCACUUGCGACAAAAAACAUUCGCAGAUGGUCCAAAACUUCAGGUGCGUUGCCGGAGCAAUCAGCUACAUAAUUGGUGUUCAGAUCGGAGGCGGUACUGGAUAGCAUAAUAUUUUUACCGCAGAGCUCUCCUUCGACUGAGGAACUGUUUUUUCGCUAUAUGCUUGGAAGCCCAAAAGUAGGCGGCUUUUCGCAAGCUUGAUGAUAAUGAUUUUUCGCUGUUUAAUCGUCCUAAAUAUAUUUUUGUACAUUGAAAAUUUGGAUCAUAGUGAAACUCACACGCAACAUAUUUCAGACCCUUCAUAGUCAACUACUAGUAUCUCGAUGACGAGGCAUGACGUAAAUGGAACAACAAGUACGCUCACGACAAGAACGCAAAAGGUAGCUGUUUGAAGACAGCUUUUGUUCACCAAGCAGGAUUCUAGAGCCUAAAGUAAGGCUCAGCUUGCAACUUUUCUCUGAGCAGAACAUUGAUUGUCCAGGGGAUUUUUCUCGAAGAGACGACGUAAAAAUCGCAGAACAUUUGUUAGUGCAUUUGACCACGCGCAUAUGUGAUGAAAGACGAAAAUGUAAACCAAUGAAAUUCAAAACGCAAAGAUG